UAAUAUUCUUUUUAUUUUUCAGAUACCUAUUAACUUUUCCAGUUCAAGACAAAUGUGCUUCUUGCAAAUAAUCCUGGAAGUUGCAAUAUAAAUAAACAUGUAUUUUGUCACACAUCGAGCUAUUCAUAGAAGGCUGCCAACACCCUUUGUUGUUGCAAAGAGAGAGCUACAUGAACAUGUGUUUUGUCAGAGGAUGAGUCGCUUUUUCCAGCCCAUCCAUGCAGCCAAACAGCCUUCUGUGAAAGAUGGUGAUGGUGUCUCCAAGGGCUUUGAACUGCUGAGCACUGCUGGCUACAUCCGGCAGUCAUCGGGCGGCGUAUUUCACAUCCUGCCACUCUGCCAGCGUGUUCUUGACAAACUGACACGUGUUGUGCGCCAGCAAAUGGCCUCGGUGGACGCCUGCCAGCUGACAUUGCCCACGCUCGUCCGAGAUACUCUCUGGAAGCAGACCGGUAGAAUGGAUAAAAUGGGCGGCGAACUGAUGACGGUGGAGGACCGUGCCGGCCACGGGUUCGUUCUCAGUCCGACACACGAGGAGGCGGUGACGGCUCUGGUUGGUUCCGUGUCGCCCAUCUCCGGCCGUCAGUUACCCCUGCGCCUCUACCAGAUCACAGCCAAGUUCAGGGACGAGAUGCGGCCCCGCUUCGGCCUCCUGAGGUGUAAGGAGUUUCUGAUGAAGGACCUGUACACGUUCGACUCCUCCGAGGCGGCCGCCAUGGACACGUACCGGGCCGUGGGGCGCGCCUACUCGGGUCUCUUCAAACGACUUGGCGUGCCCGUGGUCAGAGUGCGCGGCGACUCGGGUGUAAUGGGCGGCGGUGUGUCGCACGAGUACCACGUGCUGGCUCCCGUCGGCGAGGACCGGCUGCUGGUGCGACCCGACUGCCGGCAGGAUGAGUGUCCGGCCGCCGUCAACCUGGAGGUUGUGAGGCCGGAGCGGGAGACGGCACCGGGCGAGGCCGGGAUGGAUACAUGUCAGGCGUGCGGACACCCGCUGCAGGAGCGGACAGGUAUCGAGGUGGGCCACACGUUUGUACUUGGCCAGCUCUACUCCGAGACACUGGGAGCGUUCACGGUGACCGACUCCGACGGUCGGGUACCGCUACACAUGGGCUGUUACGGGAUCGGCCUCACCCGACUGCUGGCGGCCGUAGUGGAGUCACGCGCCCAGCCGGGACAGCCCAUCAGCUGGCCGGCCGCCCUGGCGCCCUUCACACUCUGUGUCAUCACACCAAAAGCGGGCAGCCGGGAGGAGGCGGCCCGUACCUGGGCGCUGCAAAUGCUCUCCCAGCUCUCCCAGCUGCCAGAACUGCGUGACGACCUGCUCUGGGACGACCGAGACCACCUGACGAUCGGCCAGCGGGUGCGCGAGUCGCGCCGCUCGGGCCACCGCGCGGUGCUGGUGUUUGGACGGGCGGCGGCUGAGGGCGGCAGCGGACCGGGCCGGCCGCGCGCUGAGCUCAUCACUGCCGACGGCAGUCAGCUGCUGACUGAGAGCGAGCUGCCCGACCGGCUGGCCCAGCUGUGCCGCGAACAGUGAUGUGACGAUAUACUGCCCCCGUGUGGUUGGGUACGGUGUGAGUGAUUAGGUCUGUUGGUAUCGAAUUGUGAGUUAAUAAUGCCUUGUGUUAAUAAUUGUGAAGUGUGAAUAUUUAUGGCCAAUGGCAUUAUGACUGUGACCACUCAGACCAGUUUCAUAUUUGUGCGAUUUGUUUGCCAUUUUGCAUAUUUUUGGUAAUAUUUUGCGUUUGAAAUCACCGUUUCUUCCUCAAAACUGCGCUUGCCUUAAACUAGCGCACGUAAUAAAAGACCCCGGGUAUAAUUUU